AUGAUCCUCAUAAAGUUUGAUAUCUUGUUAACAGCUGCUGUCUUGGCCAAUCAUCAUGAUGGGCUGACGCUCAGUCCGGGCGAGCGCAGCGUUGUGCGCUAUACAAAUGAAUCGCUCAUUGUGCAGUGCCGUGCACCGAAUGUGGAUGUAAAGCUGCAAUGGAAAUCGCCAAAAGGGGAAAUUAUACGCGAGCACAAAGGACGCAUACACAUUGAGCAAACCACGCCAGAAAUAUUGAAAAUCGUUUUUGCACACAUUGCUUUGGCGGACAAGGGCAAUUGGACCUGUGAACCUGUGGAUGGUGGCGUAUAUAGUAAAUCGUACGAUUUGAUUGUGUAUCAGAAAAUAACGUUCGCUGAAAAGGACAAGGUGAUGACCGUUAAGGAGGGACAAAACGCAACCAUAUUAUGCGAAGUGAAAGGCGAACCACAACCAAAUGUCACUUGGCAUUUCAAUGGGCAGCCCAUCAAUGAGUCAGUCGCUUCGAAAUUUCGCAUCCUGGCCGAUGGUUUGCUCAUCAACAAGGUAACACAAAAUGACACCGGAGAAUACACGUGCCGGGCAUACCAAGUGAAUUCGAUUGCUUCCGAUAUGCAGGAGCGCACAGUUUUGAUGAAAAUUGAACAUAAGCCGCACUGGACGAACAAGUUGCAUGUGGGAUUGCAGUAUGCGUAUUUGAAUGGGACGGCGAGCAUCAUGUGCGAGGCGCUGGCGGAGCCGCCGGCCAACUUUAGCUGGCAUCGCAAGCAGAAGCGGAUUGAGAGCAACGAGCAGUUCUACAGCAUUGAGACGGAUAAUUACUGGUCGCGUCUAACGGUGCAGGUGACAGAUGUUAAGGCCUUUGACAAUUACCGCUGUCGGGCACACAAUCAUUUGGGCAGCAUCGAGCGCAUCACGCGGCUCGAGAUGGGCGAGAAGCCCCCACCGCCCGAUGUGUUCCAGCUGCGCGGCUUUAAUUCCAAUACCUUUGAUGUGGACGUCAGCGUGCAUCGCGACAAAGAUAAACGCGACAUCAUGGAAGUCAAUGGCUUUCGCAUCGAGUAUAUGACAGACCUCGAAUUCAAAACGGAUGCCGGCAAAUGGACCAAUGCCAAGCACAAAGUUUUCCCCUACGAGGAGGGUGCCAGCUUUCUCAUAACCAACUUGGAGCCAGACACACUCUAUCUGAUACGCGCGGCCUCUCACAACAUGGCUGGCUACAGUGACUACACAGCAGUGACGAAGUGCAAGACUCUAUCCCUGGAGCCUCGUGCAUCAGCCGGCGGCUUGAUGCCGCCCAUUUACUUGCUGCAGGCAAGUGUGGUAAUGCUGCUUAUCCUGUCACUGCGGCGGCAACACUAAAUUAUUGAGAGUUAUUGGAAAACUGAGGCGCAAGCUAUGCCUCGUUUACGCCCUUUGCAAAAUCCAUGUGCUUUGCUUAGCUUUAAGAUGUCUUCGCGUUGACCUCUCAGUGUCUGAUUUGCUUGUAACUAAGUUAUAAAUUCAACUGCAGCCUCGUAUAACGUAAACUAUAUUAUUAUAUAUGUAUGUAAUGAGUUCUGUUAACACUGUUAAGCAUUAGUUUAUUAAGCGUUUCGUUUAGCAAACAAUUAGUCAAAAUUCAAAGCAAAUAUGCCAAAUUUACAACCAAUACUUAAAUUGCUUACUUUGUAACUCGUAAGCAAAUCACAUGCCUUGUGUCUAUUGAGGCCAAAAUCAAAGCGUAAACAUUUGCCAAAGUAUAUAUAUAUAUAUAAAUUGAUAGCCAUUAGUUCUAAUUGUAUAACAUAAAUUUACUUGCAAGUCAUUCCAAUAAAAUUUAUACAUAUGCCAAAAUUUUAGUACAGUUGUGUACAAGGCUGUCCAAGGAAGCAUUUAAGCACCAUAUCCCUAAUACAAACAUUCAAACAAAUUGCAACUGAUAUUGAAAAUAAAUAUGCAUUUCUAUAAAUCCAAAUCAACAAAACCAAACAGGCCAUAAAAUAACAAAAUGGAUAACUCUACAAAUAGAACAGUUUGAUAUUUAUAAAAAUAUACAUAACGUUGCUAAUGUUUAAAUAUUUUUCGGUUUCUGUAU